AUAUAAUCUUAAAAAAAAGGACAUAGACAAACUCCAGCUCAAGUAACGAACAGAAUCACCAAGAAGAUUAUUUUCACACCAGGAUCAAAGCCUCGUGUAGCUUCAUUAAUAAAAGUGGUUCAUUCAUAGCUUACGCAAACAUCAGCUCGGAGAUUUAUGCAAUUUGGUGUUACAAAUUUUAAACGCAACAGAUUACAGUUUAACUUUAUUACAAUUAUAUCGUGGUUUUACGAAAGUGUAAAUGUGUAGCGAAAAAAAUCAGGAUAACAAAGAAAUUUAAAUAUGGGUGAGCUUAGAACGGUUAGAGCAGAUGAACAUUUUGGUUUAACAAGACCGUAUUGUCAAGAUAAAGAAUACGUAAAUAUUCAUCACAUCCAACCCUGUAAAAUUAACGGGAAGACAAAUAGACUCAAUACAUUAUUGGAUCCAUAUUCGAUUUACGAUGACGAUUCCGACCAAGAUAUUAAUUUUAUUGUUCCAGCAGGAAAAUUAAACUUAGCUCGUUUUCAAAGAGCUUUUAGCGAAAUGAACAGUUUAAACGACAAGGUUAAAGACCGCACGAUACCUCCGUGUCCGAACAAAAGACGAAAUACGGAACUGAGAGGAAAAUUCGUACCGAGCAGUGGCGAUUAUUGUCAUUUAAGUGCGGAUGCAAAAAUACCCGAAACGAGCAAAACAAAUUCUUUUUGUAACCAUCACAUAAAUAUCAAAAAAGAAAAUUUACAAAAAUUUGCCGCUAAACUUGUAACAUCCGAUGCACCUACAGACAAUACGCAACACUGCGUUCAUUCAUUUGAACGUCGUGGAAACUGUCCGCGAGAUUCGUGCGUGGAAUUCGAAUUCGAUAAUAAAAAAUAUAAAUCAAAGCUAAAGAAAAAUCAUAAAAAAAUAGACAAUAUUAUAGAUUGUUGUACUUGCAUGGUUUGCGUCAAAGCCGUAAGAUAUCAUUGGACAUCAGACGAUAUCGGUGAUGAGUACAUCGAACCGUGUUCAUGCACCGGUACGCCUAAAAAAGUCGCCGGAAGGUGGUUUUGUAUGGGACUUCUAGCAUUAUUCCUACCGUGUCUAUUUUGUUAUCUUCCUGCUAAACUUUGCCGCAGCGCUUGCUGUGAGUGCUCCACGAACAGAUCGAAAUUUAAAGACGAAACACGUGUGUUGUACAGAAAAGACAACAACGCGAACCACACGAAUUUAUAGCGUUUAUUUAAUUGUGAAUAUCUUAGGGAACUUUUCCUCGCUUUUUUUAAAAAAAUAAUUUAUUAGUUUUUUUCUUGUACAGUUUGAUUUGAGAGCUGUUCAAAUGUUUACAUUUCGCUUGUAACGCAAGAAAAUUUUUGAAUCGAAUUGCUUUUACAUGUUCAUUGGAACUUUUUCUGCUGUGUAAAUUCUCCUCAAGAAAUUGUUUUCAAAACAUUUAGAGAAAAAAUAACGGCGCCGGUAAUUGUUAUAACAAGCUGUUCGUUCAGUUGGUCGCCGUUUUUAGCGUCUCCUUUUAAAACCAAAAAAGAUGCUUCCUAAGAAAUAAAUUUGUUUUAGAAAAUGUGGAAAAGUUUUCUAAUUUUCAAUGUUAUAAAUUGCUAAGUAUAUUUUGUGUAUUGGUAUAAAUUUAUUUUGUCGUGUUGCGGUCGAGUUAAAUUAAGAAAAAAUAACAUUUUAAAGUGAAAUUAUCGAGAGGAAAUACUUUUUUUUCUUUCUAUAAAAAAAAAAAGCUAGAUGAAAAAAUGUUUGUUCAAAACAUCAAUAAAAGCCAACGGAAUACUUAUUGUUACAAUAGGUUUUAAAAAUAAAGUUUUCCCCAAGUCGGAAACAUUUUGUAACAUUCCUUCCGUGGUUUUUAUUGACAUAACGAAGAAAAGAUUUCCGGAGUGGGUUUCGUUCAAAAGGGAUGUUUUUUUAAUUAUAUAUAUAUAUAUAUACUUUUUUUUGCUAAACAAAAAAGAUAGCAUUAUAUUUUUUAUACAUAUUGUAUUGGAAAUUUUAUAUUUAUAAACAUAAACAUAUUGAAAAGAAAACCCUGAGGGUGCUUUUGUUUUAA